AUGAUGUAGUCUUUUGAGAUACAGCCUUAACUGUCAGCAACUUUAAACUGGAGGUUAAAAAUAGAAGGUGUCUAAAUCGGAAAAUAAUGAAUAGGUUAUCAGUCGAAUCCUGGUUUAUUCUGUCGUAAGGAAUUCCACCCUACAUAUGUUUUAUUUAUUUAUUUAUUUAUUGUAUAUAAAGUGUGUGCAGUGUGAAAUGGACGUCAGUUUUUGUGACACUAAGUUCACUGAUUCAUCAAACCUGGUGUUCUUUGAUUUGGAGACUACUGGCCUUGGCCCCUCGUGUGACAUCGUUCAGCUAGCGGCAGUGAGCGGUCAUCACACAUUAAACCUCUUCAUGGUUCCUCGAUGCCGGAUGGAGCCUGGAGCUUCCAGAAUUACCGGCUUCAGAGUACGGCACCAUCGACUAUUUCUUCAUCGCAGGCCAGUGCUCACCAACUCCCUGAAGGAAGCUCUGGUGUCCUUCGUAACCUUCCUUCGUAUGUUCGGACGCCCGCUGCUGGUAGGUCACAACAUACGCAGGUUUGAUUGCCUUGUCUUGGCCAGAGUUUUGGAUGAGUUUGACCUAAAAGCAGGCUUCCAGGCUGGAAUCCUGGGAUUCCUGGACAGUCUCCCCUUAACCCGGCAGCUUCUUAAGGAUCGUGGCAUCCACAGCUUUAAGCAGGAGAACUUGGUAAAGACUGUGCUUGGGGUUUCGUAUGCGGCUCAUGAUGCCUUGGGUGAUGUCCAGGCCCUGCAGAAACUUUUCUGGGCUCUCAGACCCACAACCAGUCAGAUUGAGCAGCACACUUUUAGCUUGGACUCACUGUGUAGCAAACGCUUGAAAGGCACAAUAACUCGUGAGCUCAUCAAAUCAGAGAGCUGUGGUGAACUCCCACUAGUAGAGUCCUCAAAUUGAGAGGAUGUUUUUGGUGAAAUGGCUCAACUGAUCCUCCAGAACAAUAAAAUUCAGAACUUUUACUGAACGUUACAGCUGUAAGGUGAUUCGGUCCAUUUGAAUGCAUCACCAGCAAACAACAGAGUUUGUAGUGUACAAAAUGUCAGACUGAGCACUUUAUCUUCCUUUUAAAAAUAUUCAUGAAAUUCCUUUAUUUGAAUAAAUGUUUAUUUAACUACAAACUGUUUGA